UUGUGGAUUUUAGCACACAUGGCCUUCAUAGGGUUUAUUCAACCAUUUGAUCCUGCAGCUGAGUCAUGGACCUCCUGGGUGGAGAGGCUGGAACAGUAUAUGGAAGCGAAUAAUGUGACUGUUGAAAAGAGAAGUGCAGUUUUUCUCACUGCAUUGGGUCAAGCUGCAUAUGGAACCCUCAGAGACCUUGUUUCUCCAGACAAGCCAGCCUCUAAGUCCCUGCCUGAGUUAAUUCAGACGCUACAUACACACUACAACCCGAAGCCGUUGGAAAUCGCGGAGCGGUUUAAAUUCUACGGUAGAAGGCAGCAGGCCGGGGAGGAUGUAAAGACAUAUAUCAUUGCUUUACGUAAACUGGCUGCCACUUGUCAGUUUGGAGACUACCUACAGACGGCUCUCCGUGACAUGUUCGUCAUGGGACUCUGCGACCCAGCCAUACAGAAACGUUUACUCACAGAACCCGACUUGACUCUGACGAAAGCCACUGACCUUGCUACGGUCAUGGAGUUGGCAACACGGGACGCCACCCUACUGAAGGCACCACCUACAACUCCUGCAAGCCAGGGUGAGGAAAUAUUCCACUCUGCUAUCACUCAACGCUCGAGACGCCCGUCCCCUGCCACUCAGCUUAAACCUCGCCACCCUAAUUCUUCUGUCUCUGGGACCCCGACUUGCUACCGUUGUGGUAACACUACUCACAGUGCGCCUGCUUGCAAGUUCAAGGAUGUCGUUUGUUUUCGCUGUGGGAAGACUGGUCAUAUUGGGCGCGUUUGCCGCAGCUCUCGCUCCCCGAACACUACCACAAAAGAUAGACGUAAACAGACAUUCCGUGUGGAUAUGGACAAUAACGGUUUUAGCUCUGAUGAGGAGACAUGUGUCCAGCAUGUUGGACUGUUUCGAGUAGCUGGGAGUACUCCGGCGAUUAAAGUGGAUGUCACACUCAAUGGCUGUCCUGUCUCCAUGGAUGUUGAUACAGGGGCAGCUGUGUCUGUCAUUUCAUGGACUGAUUUAAAGGCAUCGGGUCUGUCCCUGCCGCUAAAACCUACAAAGCUCACGCUACAAACCUACAGCAAGGAACUACUACAGCCCUUGGGUUAUGUAAAGCCCCUUGUUACAUUAGGCAACCACAGUCAAAGUCUACGCCUUUAUGUUGUAAGGAAUGGAGGUCCUCCGCUGUAUGGAAGGGACUGGAUCAAAGCCCUGGGCAUGCCUCCUUUUACCAUUGCCCAAUGUACAUUGCUUUCUAAAGUAGACCAUUGGGUGGAAUCCCUGAAGUCACGUUUUAAAGAGGUUUUUGAGGACUCUUUGGGCACCGUAAAAGGAAAGAUGGCCCACCUCCUCUUGAAGCCUGGUGCUACACCUCGUUUUUGUAAGGCAAGAUCAGUACCUUUUGCCUUGCGGAAAAAAGUGGAAGCAGAGCUGGACCACCUAUUGGCUGAAAAGAUCAUAACGAAAGUGGAUAGAAGUGAAUGGGCAUCACCAAUUGUGCCUGUCAAGAAAAAGAAUGGAGACAUUAGGAUUUGUGGUGAUUUCAGGGUAGCUCUGAACAACCAACUUCUUGUGGAUCAAUACCCAUUGCCUCGACUUGAAGAUUUAUUUGGCUCACUGGCUGGGGGGCAAAAGUUUACAAAAAUAGACUUAAAGCAAGCUUACCUGCAACUGCAAGUACACCCAGAUUCACGCCAUCUGUUGACCAUUAACACUCAUAAAGGAUUAUUCCAGUAUAACCACAUGGUUUUUGGCAUAGCCCCAGCCAUCUGGCAGCGGAUCAUGGAUGAGGUACUGGCAGGAAUACCUUUCACCCAAUGUCUACUGGAUGACAUGCUCAUCACUGGUCCCACUGAUGAAGAACACAGAAAGAAUGUUAAAGCUGUGCUAGGGAGACUCCAAAAGUAUGGUUUACGUGUCAAUCUGUCAAAAUGCGAAUUUCUCAAGUCUCAACUGGAGUUUUGUGCCCACACGGUGGACCGUCAUGGGUUACACACUACUGAAGAAAAGGUUAAAGCCCUUACCCAUGCCCCUACCCCCCGGAAUGUCACCCAGCUCAGGUCCUACCUUGGCCUCCUAAAUUACUACCACCGUUUCUUGCCGAACCUAGCGCACCAGCUCUACCCAUUACAUCGCUUACUGGAUGCAAGAGCUAAAUGGAUAUGGACAGACAAAUGUGAAGAAGCUUUUCGGCUUUCUAAAGAACUCAUUCUGUCUUCUCGAGUUCUGGUCCACUAUGAUUUAAAGAAACCCGUCAUCCUGGCUUGUGAUGCCUCGCCUUAUGGACUGGGUGCAGUGCUUUCCCAUGUCAUGCCGGAUGGCACGGAGCGCCCCAUUUCUUUUGCCUCCAGGUCUUUAACCUCAGUAGAACAAAACUACUCCCAGAUUGACAAGGAAGCUUUGGCCAUUGUAUGGGCCACAAAAAAAUUUCACGCGUACGUCUAUGGUCGGGAGUUCACACUUAUCACUGACCACAAACCUCUGUUGUCAAUACUGAACCCUCAGAAAGGAAUUUCUACAACAACCGCAUCUCGCUUACAAAGGUACGCUUUAUUUUUAGGAGCUUAUGCUUAUUCGAUCAGAUACCGCUCCCAUGAUACCCAUGGCAAUGCAGAUGCAUUUUCCAGAUUGCCACUAAGAGAUGACCACCCACUAAGAGAGGUACGUGUAGUGGAAGUACACAGGCCACAAUCUUGCAUGUCCACCUCCCUGAUUGACAGACAUACAGCCACAGAUCCUUUCCUGUCUCAGAUAUUCUCUUAUGUUCAGACUGGAUGGCCAGAGAGUGUUUCAGGUGACUUUCGUCCGUACUUUGCCAGAAAAUGUGAGCUUGUGACUAAUGCUGGUUGCCUACAAUGGGGCAAUAGAGUGAUUGUACCCCAGUACUUGCAAUCUACCAUGCUAAGGAUACUGCAUGAAGGCCAUCCUGGUGUGGUGCGCAUGAAGCAGCGGGCCCGGAGCUAUGUUUGGUGGCCACAAAUGGAUACAGCAAUUGAAGAUUAUGUUGCUCAAUGUCCUGGGUGCUGUCAAGCCCAGCGACCCCAAAAGAGAGGAACCCUGCAACCUUGGCCAUGGCCAACAGAACCGUGGUCCAGACUCCAUCUUGAUUUUGCUGGCCCCAUCCAGGGUAAAAUGUAUUUGAUCGUGGUAGAUGCACAUUCAAAAUGGCCGGAGGUUUUUCAAAUGCCUUCUAUUACCUCAGCUGCUACCAUUCUAGUCUUAAGGAAGCUCUUUGCUCAAUUUGGCUUGCCUACAGCCAUAGUCUCCGACAAUGGAACUCAAUUUACAUCGCAUGAGUUUCAAUCCUUCCUUAGUGGUUUGGGUGUCCAACACUACAAAACAGCUCCUUAUCAUCCAGCUUCAAAUGGGCUGGCAGAACGAUUUGUGCAGUCAUUUAAGAAGCACUUACUGUCCACUCUGGACCAGGUUGGACUGUCAGAAGAGAAGCUGCUGGAAUUCUUGAUCAUGUACCGUAACACGAAACACGCUACUACUGGGCUGUCACCGGCUUUUCUUAUGUUUGGCAGGCAUCUCCGCACCAAACUUGAUUUAGUUCGUCCGCAGGAGCAGUCACCAACACCUCCUCCGCCGGGCCGUCUGGGAUUCCGUGCCGGUGAUCUUGUAUGGUCUCAGAAUUACAGAGCUUUGCCUCCUUGGCUUCCUGGCGUUAUUGAUGGAACUCUUGGCAGAAGAAUGUACCUCGUCCGCCUGGAGGAAGGCAUUUGUGUUCGGCGACACCUUUCACAAUUGAGGAAACGCAUUUGCCGGCCACUAGUGACAAAACCGACCCUUCUUUCUGACCACCCACCAGAGUCUACUCUGAACUCUGCUGGUGACAUAUGGCAUGGUGUCUGGCAUGAUCCCACAAGUUUACACCCAAACCCUGAACCGGUUGGUGACCAUAUUCCUGAGGAGCCCGGACAUGUGCAAUACUUGCAAUCUACCAUGCUAAGGAUACUGCAUGAAGGCCAUCCUGGUGUGGUGCGCAUGAAGCAGCGGGCCCGGAGCUAUGUUUGGUGGCCACAAAUGGAUACAGCAAUUGAAGAUUAUGUUGCUCAAUGUCCUGGGUGCUGUCAAGCCCAGCGACCCCAAAAGAGAGGAACCCUGCAACCUUGGCCAUGGCCAACAGAACCGUGGUCCAGACUCCAUCUUGAUUUUGCUGGCCCCAUCCAGGGUAAAAUGUAUUUGAUCGUGGUAGAUGCACAUUCAAAAUGGCCGGAGGUUUUUCAAAUGCCUUCUAUUACCUCAGCUGCUACCAUUCUAGUCUUAAGGAAGCUCUUUGCUCAAUUUGGCUUGCCUACAGCCAUAGUCUCCGACAAUGGAACUCAAUUUACAUCGCAUGAGUUUCAAUCCUUCCUUAGUGGUUUGGGUGUCCAACACUACAAAACAGCUCCUUAUCAUCCAGCUUCAAAUGGGCUGGCAGAACGAUUUGUGCAGUCAUUUAAGAAGCACUUACUGUCCACUCUGGACCAGGUUGGACUGUCAGAAGAGAAGCUGCUGGAAUUCUUGAUCAUGUACCGUAACACGAAACACGCUACUACUGGGCUGUCACCGGCUUUUCUUAUGUUUGGCAGGCAUCUCCGCACCAAACUUGAUUUAGUUCGUCCGCAGGAGCAGUCACCAACACCUCCUCCGCCGGGCCGUCUGGGAUUCCGUGCCGGUGAUCUUGUAUGGUCUCAGAAUUACAGAGCUUUGCCUCCUUGGCUUCCUGGCGUUAUUGAUGGAACUCUUGGCAGAAGAAUGUACCUCGUCCGCCUGGAGGAAGGCAUUUGUGUUCGGCGACACCUUUCACAAUUGAGGAAACGCAUUUGCCGGCCACUAGUGACAAAACCGACCCUUCUUUCUGACCACCCACCAGAGUCUACUCUGAACUCUGCUGGUGACAUAUGGCAUGGUGUCUGGCAUGAUCCCACAAGUUUACACCCAAACCCUGAACCGGUUGGUGACCAUAUUCCUGAGGAGCCCGGACAUGUGCAAGUUACAGAGACUGAUUUGUCUGUGGGACGCCCACUGACAUCUCCAGUACCUUUGACUGACUUUAUUCCUCCCGGUGCUGUACCUCUGCGUAGGUCUACCCGUCAAAGACGUCAAACGCCUCGCUGGCAAAGUGCUGAAAUCUUACGGGACACAUUGGAGGUCAGGGAACAGAGACAAAGGGCUCAUGAAGUGCUGCGGAAAUCACAGAACUGAGUUGGAGAUACUACUUGCUGAACUGAUCUCGCUUGCCUUGUUA